AUGCGUGCAAGUCUGACCGCGUCCUUCGCCCUCUUGGCGGGAGCCAUGCUCGCCACUGCCAGCCCUCUCGCAUGGAGCCGCUCCACGUUCGUCCCACCCGCCUACGAUACGUGGAUCUGGAGCGAUCAGGGAGGCAACGUCUGCGCCGACGGCAGUCAGACUGGCUUCGCCUACAACAUGCACGCCAACGCCAACGAGCUGCUCAUCUACUUUGAUGGCGGAGGAGCGUGCUGGGAUACCCAGUCGUGUUUUGUCACCCCAAUGGCCAUGAACCUCCAGGGAUACAACAACGCCACCUUCCAAGCGAACACCCGGCAAUCGCUCGAGAACCAGCUGCUGCUCACCUCGCGCGAUCCCGCACGCAACAACCCCUGGUCGGCGGCGCACUAUGUCUUCGUCCCCUACUGCACUGCCGACGUGCAUGCAGGCAACAACGUCGUCACCUACCCUGGCGCGCCUGCGCCUAUCAACCACCACGGCAGCGUCAACUUCCAGAACAUCCUCUCGGUCGUCGCCGGCGCCGUGCCCAGCGUGAGCAACGUGUGGGUCACCGGGACCAGUGCAGGCUGCUACGGAGCGACUCUCAACUACAACCUCGCCAAGAAGGCCUGGCCGUGGGCCAAGACGCAUCUGAUCGCCGAUUCGUGUGCUACCACGCCGGGCUACCUCAACACCAGGCCUAGCUGGAAGAUCAACCAGCCCUCGGGCAGGGACUGCCCCAAGUGCCAGGUCGGCGAGUUCAACACGUUCCUCCCCGGCCUUUCGCAGGCCAACCCGGGGAGCAGGUUCGGAUCGCUGUCGUUUGCAUCCGACACCGUGCUGCCGACCUUCAUGGGCGUGACUGGCGACGAGUUCUCCACCAUCAUCACAAAGUACUUUGCCAACAUCACCAGUACGCCUACCAACCAGGCCAAGGACUUCAUGACUCCCGGCUCGGGCCACGGGGUUCUGUAUGUGCCCAACCCCGCCUCUGGUCCCGGCACGACAAUGCAGAGCUGGCUGGCAUCGAUGAAGAACCUGCGUUCGGCCUUCAAGUCUUAUUAA